GGUAGUUUCCGCAGCGCGUGCACAGUUAGCGAUCGAGCCGCUUGAACUAGAGCCUCUGAGAGAGAAACAGUUAGACAAGAGUUUGCACAGUCAAACACGGAACUGAGGGCCAAAACUGAAUGUAUCUUACUGCUGUGGGUUUCGGCAGUAAACAACAGUUCAGCGUGCGACGAUAGCAGCCAGGAUUUCUUGGACUGUGGAAGAAUCUAAUUGCAUUGCAUUUCCUCUCAUCCAACGUACACACGUCGGGGUAUCCUGAAGCACCAGAGUGAGGCGAAAAGUGCUGAAAGAGUGAAUACAGAACGAAGAAGGAUCACAAAGGACAUGCACAGAAUGGUGCUCUUGAGGGGAGAGCAGAAGUGUUCUUCCCUGGAAUGACCUCCCACACACUCUCACGUGGUUUCUAUGGGGAUUUCAGCAUAGCAGCACACUGCUGGAUGGGAGGUAGUGUAUUUCUGUGGUAUCUGAUUGCUCUACUCUGAUUGGCCAGUACUAUUCAGUCGCCACACUGCCAUUGGUCAGAAUGCCGCCAAAAGGGAAGUACUUGCUGAACGAGCAGCAGAUGAAACAGGAAACACUGUACAGGAAAUUUUCUGGCAUUAGCCAAUACCAGCCAUUCGUACUGUUGCUGGGACUGAGCAUGCUCACCUGUGUCACACUGCUAGUGCUCUUCUUCAGCCUGAAACUGGAUGCAAAGGUCCAUGGUGUAUUUGUGGGAGUUGUGGGAGGAGCGUUGUGUUUGUUCCUGGCUGUGUUUAUAUUAGUGUGUACAGAGACCCUCUCUCAGAGAUGGAGAACUUUACUCGGCCUCACCGUGUGGGCCACACACCUCACAAUGGGCUUCACCUUUAUUUUCAGCACAGAAACCGAAAUGCCAAUACAACCAUGGGACCAGGUGCCCUUCUUCCUCUUCAUCAUCAUUACAGUCUACAUAAUGCUGCCAUUCCAGAUGAGCUACGCUGUGACCCUGAGUAUCGUCUCCUCUCUGUCUCACAUCAUUGUUCUUUCGGUGCACCUCACAGUGGACCCCAAACACAAAUCAUCUCCUCAUCUCAUCACCAAUCAGUUGCUGUCAAAUGCUGUGGUGUUUGUUUGUGGAAGUAUGGUGGGUGCAUUUCAUAAGGUUCUGAUGGAGAAAGCUCUCAGGCAGACAUUUCAGGAUACUCUUCGCUGCCUUGGCAUUCGCAUGAAACUGGAGAUUGAGAAGAGACAGCAGGAAAACCUUCUACAGUCAGUGCUUCCUGUGUACAUCUCCAUGAAGAUGAAGUUGGCCAUAAUGGAGCGCUGCAAGUGUAAAGAUAAAGAGGAACAGCAGCGUAUGGUCCGUGACAACAACUUCCACAGUCUUUACGUGAAGAGACAUGAGAACGUCAGCAUCCUGUAUGCUGACAUAGUGGGUUUCACACGUCUGGCCAGUGACUGUUCUCCUAAGGAGCUUGUUAUCAUGCUGAAUGAACUUUUUGGGAAAUUUGACCAGAUUGCAAAAGAGAACGAGUGUAUGCGGAUAAAAAUUCUUGGUGACUGUUAUUACUGUGUGUCUGGCCUCCCUGUUUCCCUGCCAAAUCAUGCCAAAAACUGUGUUAAAAUGGGCCUGGACAUGUGCGAAGCCAUCAAGCAGGUGCGUGAGGCGACAGGUGUGGAUAUAAACAUGCGUGUAGGUGUGCACUCUGGAAAUGUCCUCUGUGGUGUGAUUGGCCUACGGAAAUGGCAGUUUGAUGUGUGGUCACAUGAUGUCACCUUAGCCAAUCAUAUGGAGUCAGGUGGAUUACCAGGCCGGGUUCACAUCACAGAAGCGACUCUGAAGCACUUGAACAAAGCGUAUGAGGUGGAGGAGGGGAAUGGUCAUCUGAGAAACCCAUACCUUAAAGAGCUUAACGUCAAGACGUACCUGGUCAUAGACCCGCGGUCAAAAGACUCAUCACUGAUGGCUCCCAGUGUCACUAAGCCUCGUGUGAGUGAUGGUUUGAAGAUGCGAGCAUCUGUGCGUAUGACACGCUUCCUGGAGUCGUGGGGGGCUGUUAAACCUUUCGCCCAUCUGCAGAGCCGAGAGGAAUUCAGCACAGAUGCUAUGGUCAAUGGAAAGGGUCGCUGCAAGGACAUCCCUCUUAGAUCAGUACCGAUCAAAAUUACAGAGAGGAAUAAAUCACAGAAGACUAAGUUUGAUGAAGAACUUUACGACAAGAUGACCACCACCAUCAACGAUUUGAGCUCCAGCAAGCAGUGGAUGAAGUCUGAAGAGAACUCUGGCCUCACACUGUGGUUUACUAAAAGAGACCUGGAAAAGCAGUACAGGACAAUAGAGAUGCCAAGCUUUAAAUACUACAUUGGUUGUGCCACCUUCGUCUUUUUAUGCAUCUUCAUCAUCCAAAUGCUUGUUACCAAGCAGCGUAAAAUGCUGGGGCUGGUGUUUGCGGUGUUGGCGUGUGUUCUGCUUUUGGCUCUGUGCAUCUGUUUUGCAGGUCAUAUACAGAGGAUGUUUCCGGAGAAGUUAAAGUCAUGUACGUGGCUCUCGGCUCUUUCAGAAGCAGUGGUUAAGAGACCUUUUCUGCGCCUCCCAUUGGCAACCGUGACCACCGCAGUCAUAGUCAUCAUCGCCAUGUUCAACUUUUAUUUUAAAACCCAAGGGAAUUUAUGUGACAUUUUGGGACGAAAUGAGAGCACAGUUCUUAAUUCAACAUUGGGAGAAGACCUUCAAUAUUUGCCUUAUUCAGUAUAUAAUUGUAUAUUGGCAUUGAUCGCCUGUGGCGUGUUUUUGAGGGUGAGUUUGGAGCUGAAGGUGGCCUUCCUCUUCAUCGUCUCUACCGUUUCCUACAUCAUCAUCUUCUACUCUCAGGAAAGUCUCUUCAGCAGCUACAGCUGCCUGCUCUGCUUCAACCACAGCAGUGUGGAGACCAUAUCGACGCGGUUCAAAGCAGGACUUAUGAAGGACCCACAGCUCAUGAGCUGCAUCUACAUCACACUCUUCCUCUUUACCAUGCUGCUCAUAUCCUACCAGAAUGAGUACUGCUGUCGUCAGGACUUCCUGUUGAAGAACAAGAACCUGGCAGAUAAGGAAGUUGAGCUGUGCAAAAACCUGAACCGUCUUCUUUUGGAGAAUGUUCUCCCGGCGCAUGUGGCCGCUCUCUUCAUGGGCGAGAACAAAAAGAAUGAGGUGGGGCUGCUGUCCACUAUCUCUUUACUAAACCAGAAAUACAAGGUAGGAACUGGCUUCGAAUGUGUGGGAUGAGCCUGUAUAUCACCCCCUCAUGUCUCCCAUACAAGACCAAACAUAUACCAGUGAUUCCCAAUCAGGGGUACCUAAGCCGGUUCCAAAGGGCACUUGGACAGAUUUUGAUUUAGCUUUGUUGAAUAUUUAAAACAGAAACAAAUGUUAAUUCAUUAAAAUUACUAACUUUGAAUAAUUUCAUGGUUUUGCAGAUCUUUUUAAGGAAACAAAAUAAUAUGUGAAAGAUGAAUGUUUGUAAGAGCCUUAUAGAUUGGGCUGUGGCAGUACUUAAGACAAAAAAGGUUGGGAAACACUGCCAUAUACCGCACAUGAUAAUAUCAUGCAAUACUCCACCAUGCCAUUCCAAUAUCAUACUCUAUGAUCACAAUGUGCACAAUACAGAGAAUCCCACACUGUAUUUUAUAGUAACCUCUCAACCAUUUUCUACCACAGUCUAUACUAUACCAUACCAUAAUUAAGAACUUAGGUCUGAAAAUAGGCCUGAAAUAAUUAUUGUGAUUCAUGAGUUUUAUUUACAAUGGUUUUUAUUCUUUAUAUAUUUUUAUGACAAGAAAUAUUAGCUCAUUAUUACAGUUAUCUAUAAGUGCAAGGGUUUUGUCUUAUUUCCUUUUUCUCACUGUCCAGAAUUUUUUUUUUAUGUUAAUUUAACACACUACUGGUCCAUUUUGCGGGUCUGUAAGAAUUUUUUUUUCAAAAAGUUUUUGGAAGAAGUCUUCAGCGUCACAUAAUCCUUCAGAAAUCAUUCUUAUAUGCAGAUUUGGUGCCCAAAAAAACAUUUAUGAUAAAUAGAAAGUUCAAAAGAACCUCAUUCUUUUUAGAAAUAUUUUUUUUUCUUUUGGACCAUUGUAAGUCUUCACUGUCACCUUGGAUCAAUUUAAUGUCCUUGCUGAAUAAAACUUGUAAUCUAUCUUAAAAAUAAUCUUACAGACCCUUUGAACAAUAGCCCAAUUUAUAUAUAUAUA